AUGCCUAAUAUACCGGAGUCUCCGAAAGGCAAAGUAGCGGAAGCUGUUAAAGCAGCCAUUGCCUACGGGUACCGCCAUAUUGACUGCGCGUGGGCCUACGGCACUGAAGCGGAAGUGGGCCAAGCUAUCAAGGCCAAGAUAGACGACGGGACAGUCAAGCGUGAAGAUCUCUUCAUUACCACAAAAUUAUGGAAUACAUUCCAUCGUCCGGACCUUGUUGAAGGUGCAAUGAAGGACUCUUUGGAGCGAUUGGGACUGUCCUACGUUGAUCUGUACCUAAUCCACUGGACAGUUGCCUUCAAGGUAACAAGAACGGUUACCAUCAUGUCUCUUCAUAUCAUCUGUUUCCUCGAACCUUUAUAUAUGGGAAGAAGAUGUGCCAUUUCUAUGUCCAAAAACUAUUGUAUAUGUAGUGCUCUCAUGCACGAUGAGGACACUGGUGAAAGCAUGCCCAGGGAUGCUGACGUCAUCCUCAUCUUGUCAGAUGCUGACUACCUCGAUACAUGGAAGGAAAUGGAAUUGCUUGUAGAGAAAGGGUUCACCAAGUCUAUUUGCGUAUCCAACUUCAACUCAGAACAACUACAACGGCUUCUACAAACAGAAGGGUUGAAAUAUGCGCCAGUGACCAACCAGGUCGAAAUCAAUCCCUACAUCCUGAACAACAAACUGAUAUCAUUCUGUCGAGAGAAAGGGAUUGCUAUCACAGCCUACUCGCCACUAGGAAGUUCUGACCACCCGGCGUUCAGGUUAGUCACUCACUUCAUAUCUGAUGCUGCUUUCCGACAAUUAUUUGAUGAGCCAUCUCUUCAAGAAUUAGGCAACAAAUACGGGAAAACUGUAGCUCAGGUUGUCCUUCGAUGGGGGCUACAGAGGGAUACCAUUGUCACCCCCAAGAGCGUCACGCCAUCCAGAAUCAAAGAAAAAUUUGAGGUUUUCGAUUUUCAACUGACAGAGGAGGAGAUGAACGUGGUAUCUGCACUGGACAGGAAUUUCCGAGCUUGCGCAUUUGCCGCAAUUUCGAAAAGCCAACAUUAUCCGUUUCAUAUUAAGUUUUGAAUCAACGUGAACUGCAAAAUUGAAACACCUUGAACGAGAAAUCUUUGUAUGUAACAAAUAAAGCACUCUGAAGUUAUCUGAUUAAAAGCC